CUCUUCAUAGCCUUUUCCUUUUUUUUCUCUCUCUUUACCUUUUCUCUGUCUUAUCAAAUAAUCCCACUUGGAUUCUGAACCAAAAAUCCAUUCUUUUCCCGAUGGAUGUUAAAAUGAGAGGCUUUACGGCGGAGGAGGCGGAGGAGGGCGUCCGGAAAGGCCCCUGGACGGUGGAGGAGGAUGCUGUUCUCUUCAAUUACGUUCACUCCCACGGCGAAGGGCGCUGGAACGCCGUCGCUCGUUGCACUGGUUUGAAGCGAACGGGUAAGAGUUGUAGAUUGAGAUGGUUGAAUUACUUGAGGCCGAGUGUUAAACGUGGUAAUAUCACUCUCCAAGAACAGCUCUUGAUUCUUGACCUCCAUUUUCGAUGGGGAAACAGGUGGUCCAAAAUUGCGCAAUAUUUACCCGGAAGAACGGAUAACGAAAUUAAAAACUAUUGGAGAACCCGAGUUCAGAAGCAAGCCAAACAACUUAAGUGUGACGUGAACAGUAAGCAAUUUCGAGAUGCCAUGCGAUAUGUGUGGAUGCCCCGUUUGCUAGAACGGAUCCAAGCCUCUACUGACUCAGUUACUGAUGUCGCCGUCUCUGCCUCCACUGAUGUCGUCCUAUCUCUCGAACAAACCCAACCAUCACCUUCGAGGUCUAGUUGGGUCAAUCCUCAUGUGACUCCCUCAACUUCGUCAUCAGACUCUGUUUCUAAUAAGGUUCAACUUCAAGUUUUUCCUGUUUCAAACGUGAUGGAAGACUUUAGCUUGGUUGGUACGAGCGAGGAGGAGGGAAUGAUGAUGGUAGUGCAACAAGGGUGUGACGGGGAAGCGACGAAUGGUUGGAUAGGUGGCGGAGAGUUAUUGGAGGAUGGGUUUUGGGAUGGGGAAGACAUGUGGUUCUUGUAGGAACAAUUUGGUGAUGAUGUUUAAUAAGAACAUUAGAUUAGAAAUCCUCCAAUUUGAAUUUGGUUACGUGACGGAAAAUGUUAUAAAUAGGGGAAUGAAUGACUUGACGAACUAGAAGUGUAGACUAAAAAAAACAUGAUGACAAACAAGGAACAUUGACAGCUUAUGAUGUCCACUACCUUCGUAACAUUUAGUUUUGUAAGUUUAUACAUUAAUGUUUUGUCUUAAAUUACACACUUUGCCCUUACUAACAUUAUGUUU